UGAGCAGGAAAAAGCUCUAUGUUUAAGGGUUACUAAUGUGGGUGGCUUAGAGUGCUGAAUUGCUAAUUUUCUAUCACCGGGACAUAUUGCCAUCAUAUUACAUUAGUACAACUUCCUUCAAUCAUUUGGUUAGUGUAUGAUGUUUAAUUUCAUGGCUAAAGGUGUCAAAUGAGUGGGUUGGUUGGGCCAGUUUCGAUGGGUUCAAAUGAGCAAGUCAAUGCACAGGUCAUCAUAUAACAUUUUUGGUAAUGUUUUCUUUUUCUGUUCUUGGCAUUUUAGAAAAAUGGGAAGUGAUGAUUGUUCAUUGAGUCAUAUAGUGCCAUACUUGAGGUCUUCAGUAAACAUUUGUUUUUCCUUCAGAUGAUUAAGUACAUAGUACGUACUUAUUGUAUCUUGGCUGUUUAUUGCCUGUGCUUAAUUUGUCAAGCUUGAUUAUGAUUUAGUCUUAUCCAUAUGCAUUUGGGAGUGCAAUUUUGUGCCUCUUUCUCUUAUUACAGUAAUAUUCUAUUUAAAACUGAAAACUCUCUCAAAUUCUCAAUUUUCUCAACUCUCAAAAUUCACUCAUUGCCAGAUUCCUUCCUCUUUUUUUUUUUCUCCAGUUCUCACUGUACAUGUAAAUUCGUUUUUGAUACAACAACAUUUUUUAUUUUAUCGGUAUAUUUGAUUUAGAUAACAGCUGAUCAUUGAAUUGGUAGCUAAAUUACGUCUUGUCGAUCAAGUAAAAUUUUCAUUUCCUUCCAUUUUUAAUUUGAUUUUGGCGAUUUUUGCUACUGUGACCAUCUCACUUUAAUUACGCACUUGUAAUUAAUCAAGCAUUCGAUGUGAUUCCUCUACUUUUGCAGAAUGAUUUUAGUGUUUAUAAAAGUAUUUCUUGUUUGAGUUUAGGGUUUUAAGGCGUCGGAUAUUCAUUUAUCGGCUGUUUCAAAUGCAUUUUAGCUGUUGGUGGAAUUUGGAAAUGAUUUCUUGGAUUUUGAAGUAUAAUAGGAGUAUAUGUUUAUUGUUGUAGCUACUGUUCAGUAUGCUUUUCUAUGUUUUUUAUAUUAUUUUUCCAUGACUUUUUCAUUUAUGUUAUUUCCUUUUCUGAACUGCUUUGAUCUGUUGUUAUGUACAAUAAGUACAACUAUGUUUAAGAGUUCCUAAUGUGGGUGGCUUAGAGUUCUGAAGUGCUAAUUUUCUAGCACCGGGACCUAUUGUCAUCCUAUUACAUUGGUUAGUGUAUGAUGUUUUCAUGGGCAAAUUUGUCAAAUGAGCGGGUUGAUUGAGGCAAAUUCGAUAGGUUAAAAUGGGCAAGCCAAUGAACAGAUCAUGAUAUAACAUAUUUUCUUUACCUUUUCUGUUCUUGGCAUUUUUGAAAAAUCGGAAGAGAUGACUGUGUUGAGUCAUAUAGUGCCAUAUUUGAGGUCUUGAGUAGACAUUUGAUUCUCCUUCAGAUGAAUAAGUACACCGUUUGUACUUUAUUAUAUUGGCUAUUUACUAAUUCCUGUGCUUAAUUUGUCUAGCUUGAUGAUAGUAGCUCUAUUUUUUUUUACUGUCAAUGUUCAUGAUGAUUUAGGUUUGUCCUUAUGGACUUUUCAGGAUGGGAGAAAGGAGAAGAAAACAAACCUAUGCACAUAAUUCAGCACCGGCAUCACCAUACCAGGCAAAGUAUGUUCGAGGUUUUAGAAAUUUGCCGAGAGAUCAGCUAGGUGGUGUUAUAUUUGGCUGCACAGAAACUACAAUCAGAGAGUGUCUCGAAAAGCAACUAUUUGGUUUGCCUGCUCAACACUUUUCAUAUGUGAAAAAUGUAAAUCCUGGUUUGCCAGUGUUCUUGUUCAACUACAGUGAUAGGAAGCUCCAUGGAAUCUUUGAGGCUGCAAGCUCUGGCCAAAUGAAUAUCAAUCCGUAUGCUUUUACAUCUGGUGGUUCUGGAAAAACACUAUAUCCUGCACAGGUUCAGAUACGUGUCCGUCUGCAUUGUGAAUCACUGCCAGAGAAUACAUUUAAACAAAUAAUUUUUGAUAACUACUACAACACACAUCAUUUCUGGUUUGAGCUAGAUUUAGCUCAAUAUAGUAAAUUGACUUCCCAACUAUCAUUUCUAGUAUAUGUUCCGAGUAGCACACCAUAUUAUCCAGAAAACCCGAGAAGUAUAAUCCGAGGUUCACCUGCAAAUGACAAGAUAGCAGAAAGUAGAUCUUUUGAACCACGAGACUUGAAAAACAAGUCAUCCAGUUCCGCUGAUUUUCAAGCUGCCUUGGAUGAGAAGGAUUUUAUAUACAUGAAACUUAAAGAAUUAGCUCUUCAGCGUGCAAGAGGGCAAGCAGAGGAAGGCAUCAAUGCAGGGAUAAGUGAUAACAAUGAUGUAAGCACCGGCCAAGCAGCUUUUCUGGAACCACAGCCUCCCGGAGAGGAGAAGAAUGAAGAAGGCACUUGUGACUUGCUGAAAGAACUGAAAGCUAUUACGGAAGAGCUAACCCGAAAAGUGACCAGCCUGGAGCAGAAGCUGGUUAAUGCUGAAGAAGAUAUUAAAAUGUUAAAAAGUAGGUGUUUGAUGUUUGAAUCCCACAAUCCUUCUCGUACACAUGAUGUUGAAAAUGUGGCUGAAUCAGAAAAUAUAGUGAAUCAUGAGGCAAUCAUCAUAGCUGGAGGAUAUGAUGGUCAUUCAUGGCUAUCAGCCUUGGACUCGUACGUGCCUUUAAAUGAUGUUUUGUGCUCACUUAAGCCAAUGAGUUCAGUUCGAUCUCUUUUCGCAAUUGCAAAUCUGAGUAGAGAACUCUAUGUAUUUGGUGGCAAAUCUGGAACCUUGUGGACCAACACAGAAUCAUAUAACCCAGCCGAUAAUAAGUGGACUGUGCAUCGUUGUUUGAAUGAGAGAAAUGGUAGCUUAGCUGGAGCUACUUGGAAGGACAAUAUCUUUGCAAUUGGUGGUGGAAAUGGGUCUGAAUCUUUUUCAGCAGUUCAAAUGUAUGAUCCUCAAAUAGGUCGAUGGAUUCCUUCACGAUCCAUGUGGCAGAAGCGAUUUGCUCUUGGAGCAGCAGAACUCAAUGGUGCAUUAUAUACUGUUGGUGGAUAUGAUGGAGAGAAUUAUUUGGCGACUACUGAAAGAUUUGACCCCAGAAAACACGCUUGGACAAAAAUUGAGAGUAUGAGCACAAAAAGAGGAUCUCAUGCGUUGGUUCCUUUUGGGGGAAAGUUGUAUGUUGACCUCUUCUCGCUUCAUUGGAUUCUAUAUCUUUGGUCAAGUGUUACGUCUUCAAGAGUAGGAGAUGUGUAUUGUCUGAAGAAUCACUAGGUUGGGGAAUGGGAUUGAGCAUGGUCCAUGACCAGUCCCAUUUUUCUUCAUGCUAUUCACUUUUAGCUUCAUGGUUGCUCUUUAGAUAUGCACUUGGUGGCGAUGAUGGGUCUCAAAUGGUGCCAAGCAUUGAGAUAUUUGAUCCCUGUCGUCGAACAUGGAUGCUUGGGGAACCAAUGAAGUACUCAAGGGGUUAUUCAACUGCUGCUGUUCUAAAGGAGUCCAUUUAUGUAAUUGGAGGGGUUCAAUCUGAUGAUGAAAUAGUAGACAUGAUUGAAUGCUAUAAGGAUGAUCAAGGAUGGGAAACAACCAAUUUGAGGGCUGUCGGGAAAAGGUGCUUGUCCUCUGCUAUAGUUUUGGACGAAGAUUGACUCUGCAUUCUCAAGUACCAAGCUAUCUCUUCUUGUGGGCACCCUUUGUUCAACAAGGUCCAUAUCUUCUGUUUUGCUAUAAUGCAUAGACUUAAUGCUUGAAAGCAUCUUUAAACAUUCCUUGACUUCCUUCCUCCAUAUAAGAAACAGAAAAUGGACAAACUUAUAGAUCAAUGUAUGGCAUCGUUUUAUAGUGGUAUGGAUGUAUCGCAGACAGUUUUCUGCAGCUUCUUUCUAUGGCAAAACAUGUUUACAGCACUUAAUUAUUUUUGAAUCAUUAAAUUUGUUCUGUUGCAUAAGUUCAGGGUAAAGCGCUGAGCUUUUGGAGGGAUUUUGAUGAUCCAAUACUUGAUCAUUUCUAUGUGCUUAUAAUCACAGAUCACUAAACAAGGAAAACAAUAAUGUCCAAGACGUUGAAAGUUGGCUUCAGUGUGGAUAUAUGUACCACUAUAUCAAUGCUAGUUUGAGAAAUUCGAAGUUUGGGGUGUUUGCAUGAGACAUUGUGGUAUCAUGGACCUUG